CCAUGGGCUUCUGGGCAGUGCUUCUAUCUUCGGUAGUUUUGAGUCGCUGCGUACAAUCAGAGCGUGUCGUGGAAAAGUUCAUUCGUGAUUAUUAUGAUGCUGAAAAUAUUCAUCAUAUCAAUGCUUUCGGAUGUUGGGAUGACAUGGAUGCAUCGGAAUUUUCACGGAAGCUGAUGAGCCUGGAUAAUGCUGUAUUGUACACUCCCAUAUCUCCGCACGUGAAUUUACAUAGAAUUCUUAAAGUGAAUUAUCAUUACAUCGGAGUAGUUUUGGAUUACGAUUGCCCGAUGAGUGACUUCAUACUUGAUAAGUUUUCGAAAGAGCUAGUGUUCAACGAGUCUUACUUUUGGCUACUCCUCACCAAUUCAUCAUCACCGCCGAAUGAUGUAUUGCAGAAACUACCGCUCACUGUUGAAUCUGAGCUGAGUGUUGCGACUAGUAGUGGUAAUUCCUUCGAGUUGUGGGAUGCCUACAAUCCCAGUUACUCUCACGGUGGUGUCUUAAAUGUUACGUACAAGGGCCGUUGGAAUCCUGAGGAUGGCUUGAAGAACGAACUCAAUCAGUACAAAUACGAAAGACGGAGUAAUUUUAAUUUACUACCUCUGAACUGGUCCAUUGUGCUGAGAAGUCAUCCAGCUUCUGAUCUCGAACUUUAUCUCACGACACCUGUGAAUCGACAUCUGGAUACCAUGUCUCGAUAUCAUUACGCUCUUGUGCUGCACUUGAGAGACUUCUUCAAUUUUACGAUAAAUCUGCAAAUUCACGAGUCCUGGGGCUACUUAGUGAACGGUACGUUUGGUGGCUUGAUAGGCGCUUUGAUGAAGGGACAGGCAGAUGCCAGUGUCUCAUCAUACCAGUACAAGCUGGAGAGAAUGGAUGUGGUCGAUUAUCUCGUCGAAACGUUGAAUGUCAAACUUCGUUUUUUCUUCCGUCACCCCAGGAGUAAUGAUCUGCAGAAUAAUUUCUUGAAGCCCUUCGCUAUUCAUCUCUGGUGGGUGAUAAUAGCUGUUGGUUUUUUUUACUGGGGUAUCAUGGUCAUUCUGAAGAAAUUUGAAAUAUAUUAUGAGAGGAUUGAGGAGAAUGAGAAUACCGUAUCUUCGACUGCCCUGACUACUAUUGCUGCGAUUAGUCAACAAGGAUUGAGUACUCCACCGACGAUAACUUCCGGUCGCCUGGUAUUUUUCUCACUGUUCUUGUGGACUCUUCUCCUGUUUCAAUUUUACUCAGCCAGUAUUGUUGGCUCGCUGUUGGCGCCUCCGCAGAGAUGGAUCACAACUCUGGACAAUCUAACCGAUAGUAAUCUAGAAUGCGUUGUCGAAGAUAUGCCCUAUAUGGUUGAUUACUUCGCAACUACAGCAAAUCCUCACACCAAAAAGUUGUUCGAACGUAAGAUCAAAGCAACCAAGAAAAAACCCAAGGGAAGCUAUAUGCCCGCAAUUGAAGGAAUACAGCGUGUACGUGAAGGUGGAUUCGCAUUCCAUAUAAAUGUUGCAGCGGGGUAUAAAAUAAUUGAGGAUACAUUCAAAGAAAAUGAAAUAUGCGAAUUACAACAGAUUGACAUGGUGGGCCAAUGUCUAACAUCUAUGGUAACAGCGAAACAUUCACCUUUCAACGAGAUGUUCACAUGGAGCGUAAGAAAAGCUGUGGAAAGCGGUCUAACAAAGAGACUCGAUCGAGUUUGGAAUCAGCAAUGUCCACAAUGUCCAAAAAGCUACAGCUCCAAACCGACUCCCGUCUCAAUGCAGCAGUUCAGUCCAGCGAUUUUUCUUCUUCUCAUCGGAUUCGGUUCCUCUUUCUUAAUAUUGCUAAUCGAAUAUUUGCACUAUUGGAAGUGCAGCGACUACCUUUCGAAUGUUGAGGACACCAACUCUGUGGCCGGCACGGAUGGUACCGAAGAGGAGCAGUCCUACAUGGUCGAGGGUUUCCACGUUGCCGACGAUGGACAAGCAGUAAUUUUCUAAAUGCAAAGAUUUUCUAUUAUCAGAACUAUUUUUUCUGACAAAGUCAUGAAGUUGAAGUGCGAAAAUUCUGGAAAUGCCAUUUUUGUUCCGAAAUAAACUGCGAUUGUGGACAUUUUUAAUAUUCACUGGAAUUAGCAAUCGGCAAGGCUAGAUUCCUACUUACUCAGCAGUCGGAGCUGACGUUGAAGCAUAGAGCUCUAUUGUCCAUUGUUGGAACAUGAAGCAUUGAUUUAUUCGCAGUGCAGACCAUUGUUAAAUGAAUUCACAAAAUCAACCGCAAGCAGCCGGGAUGUUGGUGCUUUCAUUAGGGCCUUUUCCUGUCAAAUUUGAUAUUAUUUUUUUCAAUUUGUCAUAUGUCCCAAUUUAUCAGCUGUUAAAUUUUCAUAUUACCAUAAAUGAUUUGCUCACUUUCUAAUUCCUAUGUUCAC